CGCUGGUCGUAUUUAUUGAAAGCGAUAUAAUUGAUGAUUAGUUCUUAUCAACGGAAACUUACUUCUAUUGAUUUGCGUGGUAAUUGAAAAGGUCUUGAAAAAGCAAUUGAAUAAUUUCUAUGGAGAGCUGCUUUUCUCACUCCACAUCAUAGACAAUAAAAACAAUGCAUAAUCGAAUUCUAUUUGAUUGAAAUAAAUAUUAAAGACUUUGUUCUUUUUUAAUCAAACAUUUGAAACAAAUUUUUCAAAAUCAAAAUUCUCCGAAUGUCUGUGGCCUUUAAUUUUUGACGAAAAAUUUCAUCUAAAUUCUAAAUUCUCUUUAAAAUCUAAUUCUGCAAUAAAAAAUGGCAAAAGAGACACCAGGUCCCGCUAGUUUGUAUGGUUUACCGCCAACGGUAGGCUAUGAAAAUCAUGAUGUGCGCAAGCAACGUUUACCUAAAUAUUCAUUUGGUGUUAAAACGGAUCAAAAAAUUCUUGAUGUGGGACCUGGACCUGCCAGAUACAAUGUGGAGAAACUAGUUCGUUAUGGUGUUAGCAGAGCAAAUCAUUUUACAAUAGCGCCAAAAACUAAGAUAAUCGACAAAGUGAAAAGUCCAGGGCCGCAAGCUUACGCAGUUCACAAAUUUCCCAUAUUCAAAGGAUCGAGGGCACCGGCUUAUUCAAUGGGUAAAGUGAAUACAUUUGAAUUUAAAAAAUGUGCUCCUGGACCAAACAAGUAUGGCAUUAAAGAUAACUUUAUACGACAAAGAGCUCCGGCUUACACACUAGGUGUCAAAAAAUAUUUACCUGAAUUAGUGCGUUCGCCUGGCCCGGCUGGUUAUCCGGCUGCUAGCUUAAAUAAAGUGAAACCUCAAAGUCCCAAAUAUACUUUAACACCAAAUAACAAAUUCAUCCGCAAAUUGUACGGGCCGGGUUCGAAUUAUUACAACCGGAUGAAUUAUAAACCCGGAAAACGAGCGCCUAUAUAUUCAUUUGGUAUACGUCAUCAUUCCAAAACCCGUCCUAUGAUCGUUCCAUGUGAUAAUAUCUGAUUGCAGCAAUUUAGU